GCUACUCCUGCGUCUUUUCUAGUUGGGAGAAAGGUUUAUGUUUUAUACUUCUAGCGUGUUUACAUCGAUGUAAACCCCUACUUAUACAGUAUCUUAAUAUUGUGAUUAUAAAAUGCAGCAGCGUAUGAAAAGGACCUUUAUUUUGAUCUGGUAAUAUGACGUCAUAAGGCUGCGCCGGGCUCCUCCAGCAUCCUUUCUAGUUGGGAGAAAGGUUUAUGUUUUAGACUUCUAACGUGCUUAAAUCGAUGUAAACCAUCUAUAUUGUAGUAUUUACAGGCGAUUUUAUCCGACAUUAAUAAGUCUGUUACACGUUGGUAACAGAAGAAGGUGCGUAUCUUUUCGAGACUGCAUCAAAUCACUUCAAAUUAGCUUGGAUUAAGUGUUUCUUUCUGUUAGUUAUUUUGAUCUCAAUUCUGCUCAAGUGUGCGAACACAAAGCCCUCGUUCAGUGUAAAGAUGUGGUUUGUUAAAGAGGAGACUGAAGACUUGAGGAUCGCAGACUCUUUUAGAGUCAAACGUGAAGAUACGGAGACACAAACAGGGCUGAGGGUGCUGAAGGAGGAGGGUCAAGAACUGAAUAAAAGGGAAAUUAAGUAUCAACAUCAUUCAUUAAUAACAGGAGAAAAAUCUUUAAGUUGCUCACAGAACGAAAAUACUUUGUCACGAAAUAGAGCUCAAACGACUAGUCCAACUAGUGGUCAUUUCGAUCAACAUGGAAACCUUGAUGUCAACAUGAGAAUUCACAUAGGAGACAAGCCAUUCUCCUGCCAGCAGUGUGGGAAGAGUUACACCUCGAAAGGAAGUCUCAAAGAUCACAUGAGAGUUCACACUGGAGAGAACCCUUUCACCUGCCAACAUUGUGGAAAAAGUUUCAUUCGAAAAGGAAACCUGACUGUCCACAUGAAAAUUCACACUAGAGAGAGCCCAUUCACCUGCCAGCAGUGUGGGAAAAGUUUUGUUCAGAAAGGUAGUCUUAAAUCCCACACAAGAGUUCACACUGGAGAGAGUCCUUUUAUCUGUCAACAAUGUGGAAAAAGUUUCACUCAAAAAGGAAACCUGAAAGUCCACAUGAGAAUUCACUCUAAAGAGACCCCAUUCUCCUGCCAACAGUGUGGAAAAAGUUUCACUCAGAAAGGAAGUCUUAAAGAUCACAUGAAAAUUCACACUGGAGAGAACCCUUUCACCUGCCAACAUUGUGGAAAAAGUUUCAUUCGAAAAGGAAACUUGAAAGUCCACUUGCGAGUGCACACUAGAGAGAGCCCAUUCUCCUGCCAACAGUGUGGAAAAACUUUUACUCAGCAAACAAGCCUUAAAAUCCACAUAAGAAUUCACACUGGAGAGAAGCCUUUCACAUGCCCUCAAUGUGGAAGGAGUUUUACACAUAAAGGAACCCUUAAUAACCAUGUGACCACUCACACAGGAGAGAAGCCAUUUGUAUGUAGUCAGUGUGGAAAGUGUUUCCGAUUUACGGUAACCCUUAAAGACCACAUGAGGAUUCACUCGAGAGAGAUCCGUUUUGUAUGCCAUCAGUGUGGAAGGAGUUUCACAGACAGAAAUGAUCUUAAGAACCAUGUAGUAACUCACAUCGGAGAGAAGGCUUUUAUGUGCCAUUACUGUGGGAAGUCUUUCAAAAACAAUGCAAACCUUGAGGUUCAUUUAAGAAUUCACACUGGAGAGAAGCCUUUCAGCUGCACUCAAUGUGGAAAGAGUUUCACAGUUAAAGGAAACCUUGACAUUCACACAAGGGUUCACACUAAAGAGAGGCCUUACAGAUGCCUUCGGUGUGAGAAGAGUUUCACAUAUCACACGGACCUGAAACGUCAUUUGCUAACUCAUUCUGGAGAGAAAUUCCAGUGUUCUGAGUGUGACAAGGGGUUUCGAAAAAUAAGCAAUUACAGAAAACACUUGGAUAUGCAUUCGGGAGGAAGACCAUUUAAUUGUGUUAAGAGUAAAAGAGAAAUCCUAAAACUCUCAUCACACUUAGAUUUACAUUUGAAAAGUCAUGCAUAUGUGAGACUGUAUUCUUGUUCUUUUUGUGGAAAAAGCUUUAAAUGGCUCCGCAAUUUAAUAUGCCACCAGAAGAGGCGCAUCUGUGAGAAAUCAAAGCUGCGUUUACGCCGCAGAUGACUGUGGCCCAAACUUGAUUGUCUGCUCAAAUUAUUAUUUUUUAGUUUGUUUACAUGACAUUUAAAAAAAAUGGUAUAAUACUGAAAUCAGUAUGUUGUAGUCGUGUCUACAUUCAUAGAGCAUUUAUUUAUGACGUAAUACGUUUACACUCCUCGACUUACAGAUUAUAUAAAACUGUAAGAUUGGAUUUAAAUAUGGGCUCUGACUCUGUCACUCAAGGUCAUUCUCAGAGUCAUCCCUAAGCCACUCUUAUAUUGUCUUGUACCCACAUGUGCAAUGGCAAUAAAGUAAAAUCUAAUCUAAUCUAUUGUCUUGGCUGUAUUUAGGGUCAUUGAAGUCUGAGUGCUCUGGGCAGGCCACAUCUGUAAAAAGUCAUCAGGCUCUGAAGUCAAGUGAAGUGAAGUGCAAGAUCACAUUUUCAGUAUCUAUCUGGAAGUUUGCUGCAAACUUGGAACUUGGUCCAUUUCACAUUCAUUUGUAAUUUGUUUCAUCCACUGCCUACAUGAUAGCAAAACAUGUCAGUCAAGCCUCUUCUGAAUAUAGAUUCAAAGUUGUUGUUUUUCUGAGCAUUGGGUUUUCCACAAUGUGGUGGGGCUAUCGACCGACAUUGAUAUUUUAUGUCCACCUGAUAGCUCGGCAGGCUAUUAUAAUCGUAAAUGUUUUUACUCUGGCAUCCUACAAAGUGUGUUAGACCAUUGACUGAGGUUCUGGGAGAUUAAUCAGAAUCAGAAUGAGCUUUAUUGCCAGGUAUGUUUACACAUACGAGGAAUUUGUUUUUGUGACAGAAACUCUGCAGUGCAACAGAAUGACAGCGACAGGAAAAAAAAUACAAAUAAGUAGGUAAGGAAUGACAAUAUACAAAUUUACAAUGAGGCCGGAUGUGGUACUCUGGUUUGAAGAGGGAAAAAAGAUCAUCCUCAUAGAACUUACAGUCCCAUGGGAAGAGGGGUGUGAACAGGCCUUUGAAAGAAAGAGCACCAAAUACCAAGACCUGCUGCAUGACUGUAGGGGGAAAGGAUGGCAGGCUUGGCUGUUCCUGAUCAACCCCUCCUGGCCAAGGCUACAUUCACUUAAGGUGAAUGAAGGAGAGAACCAUUUUCGGAUGUAUUUGUAAUAUAAUAGCAGAUAUUAUUUUUUUUUUAAAAAGCAUUUAUGUAUGUACA